GUAUUGUUAGUUCAUUACUUUUCUCUCUUUCAUUUCCCCUAUUUUUCUUUUUGUAAUACUGAGUAAUUUCUGUUUGUUUAUGUUUGAGAUGAGAUUUUCUGGAGGAAGGUGUCGGCAAUUCAAGUACGGGAGAAAUACCCAGCAUUUUAUAGCCAUUCCUGACAAGGCCUUCUGAAAGCAGGAAGGUAUGGUAGUUUCCUUGAAGUAGCAGCUUAUUUGGACAAUGGCCACACUGGAAAAAAACUGAAGACGCUCCGGAUUGACCUCUUUCGGCAUGCGACCUCCGCGGGGUUUCCCUGCUGCGUUUUCUAGGAUGCUACUUGCCUCGAGCCUCUAAACACCAGUAACCGAACUUUUAUUAGCCUCGCAUUGUGGAGGAAAGGCUCCCGGCCCUCCCCGUGCUGCAUUACCAUGUCGGAUAGACGGAACUACGAUGGAAAGAAAGAGGCACAGGUGGAAAGGGGCGGCUCGUAUCUGGAAGAAGGGCAGUGCGACUCGGGCAUAGGUUCUAUCCGCUCCUUGCAUGGCCAGCUUGCGGAAAGCGAGCCCCAGUUGUCGGCAGCCCGAGGGGUCCCGUUGGGCACGGGUGCCGAUCUCCCGUGCGUAGGCAAGGAAGGACCAGCAGACACCUCCUUGGAGCCCGACGAAAGGCUCGAUUCUAGCUACGGCUCUUCAUCCUUGGUCGAGGCCCUGGCGGGACUGGGAAAAAUCCCUAACCUUAAGAAAGAGGAGGAGGAGGAGAAAAACGAAAGAGCCAGGCAGCAGCUGUUGGAGACGUUCGUUUUCAUAUCCGAGGACGGAGACACGUUGCUGCAUCUGGCGAUCAUCCAUUGUGUACCCUCUAUAGCACUCUGCUUCAUUUCCCAGUUGCCAGUGGAGGUUUUAGAGAUCCAGAAUGAUUUAUUCCAGACUCCGCUUCACUUGUCCGUGUACCUGGAGCAACCUAGGGUGGUGCAAGCGCUAGUCCUGAGAGGGGUGAACACAGCACUGCAAGACCGCAAUGGAAACACCCCACUGCACUUGGCUUGUGAGCAGCAGAGUCUGGAGUGUGUGCAGCUGCUGUUGCUGCAGGAACCAAUCUCUGACAAGAACUUGGAGGCUAGAAAACACCUACAAGAUCUGCAACUCCAGAACUGGCAAGGCUUGACUUGCCUACACAUCAGCACCUUGAAAGGGAACCUGCAGCUGAUGGCAUUGCUGGUGAAGAAUGGAGCUGACAUUAAUGUUCAGGAUGGCACAAGCGGAAAGACACCCCUGCACAUGGCAGUGGAGAACCAUGAUGAGAUGGCUGUGAAGCACCUCCUUCAAAUGGGGGCUCAGGUGGAUGCCCAGAUGUACAACGGUUGCACCCCCCUGCACCUGGCAGUAGGCAGGAAGGAGGCUGCCAUUGCUGCCAUCCUCUGCCAAUCAGGGGCAGACAUCUUGCUGCGGAAUAUGGAGGACGAGACAGCUCAGGACUUGGCUGAUGAUAUCCUUACACUCUUGCCUUUUGAUGACCUGAAGAUCUCGGGAAAGCCUGUUGUGUGCUCCAGUUGAGCAUUCUAAGACUUGAAUCGGAUAGUUCAUUUUUGGGUGAUGGAGCCCAAUGCUGCUGCAGCUUCAAGUUGACAGAAGCAGAAGUGGUCACCAUUAAAUCAUUCCCCUUCUUGCAGAAUCUGAGCCUUUUGUGCUUCUUCAUACACUUGCACAAGACUUUGGGGGAGGUGGUGCAAGAGGAAAAUUGUUCUUUGUAUAUUUAAUUUGAUCCCUGGAUGCAAUUCCUCAUUGAGGGAUAAAAGUUUAGAUAGACAGGGCCUAUGCUUACUUGCUUGUCUAUAAUUGGAGACACCUGUAGAGACCAGAAGCUUUAAGAGGAUGUCUGUUUUUCCCAGACUACACCAAACUUAAAGGUGGUGUCUAGCCCUUAUUUUUCUUUCCUCCCCACACCAAAAAAUCCCAGUGUGUCUAUGAUGGAACUAUGAUAAGGGGUUUUCUGUCUCCAGUCUGCCAGAGUUAUUUCUGUUUUUUAAAAUGCUCUCUCUCCCUCCCACUCCCUCUUCCCCCCUUCUUGAUCUAGCUACUGUUGCUUAGGCCUUGGGUUCUACCAUCAGUUGCAUUUGAGGCUGCAGUGUUACUCAGGCUUCUAGUUCUAUGGCAUCCUGGACUGAAGAAUUGCUCCAUGCUCAACCUUUAGCCCACCUGUUGCCUCCCAUGGAGGAUAACUCUUGCAAGCAGAGUUGACGGGACAACUCUUUAGUUCUACCCUACUGCCUCUAUGAUAGAUGGAACUUGAAGGCUGAGCUCAUGGGGACAAAACAUACCUGGCUCUUUUGCCUCAAAAUAAUGGGUGUUCUUGGGACCAGACCCAAGGGAAGAAGCCUUGUUCUGCUUCAGCUUUGUUCAGAUUUACUAGCUAAUACUGCCAUGCAGGGAAGUGCCAACUUAUUAAACUGCUGUCCUAAAAAUGCCACAUUUCCGUAGGUGUGCUGGCAACAUGAAGUUCCACUCGUGGAGCAAGGGAGAAUAGGGAAAUGUCAUGGUCUGUCCCGCUUCUUCAUUAAAUGUUGUGGGAUCUCAUCUUACAUAUUGCUCUUGUUCCUCUUGGAACAUAAGAUGUAUAAUAGAUGUGUUACAAGUCUCUUGCCAGGAACCACUUUUGUUGUUCUUGCUGGGAGAAGCUGCUUAUUGGAACAUUUCCUACAUGCUAAUUCUUAGCAUUUGAACAGUGCUCCUGCUUAGGAACAAACCUGUAGGCCUCAGCCAGUGGGUGGUCAGAUUUUCUUGCUUCUCUCUGUAUUCUAAAUGGUGAGUUUAGUGAUCCUAAGCCACUUGUCAUUACAAGACUGCAAAAUAGGGACUGCAGAGUGAGAGGGUUCAAGAUUGUAGGAUGUACGUGUGGUGGUAUUUCCUCUGUUGAUGGUUAUUGUGUUCCACUGGUUAUGCACACCCUGCCUCUCACCAGCUGCAGCAAGAGUAGAGAAGCAUUUGGGUCAUCAAAUGGCAAAAAUAAGAGUUGCUUACAUGCAAACUUCAUUCUGGACUGGGGAAAUUCCCAGCUCUCUCCCUCCCACUAUUUGCUGCCUGGGAGCGGCUGUUUGUAACGUGGCAAGUCCUGGAUGGCGCAAUCUGCUGGGAUGUUUUAAGGAGAGGUUUUUUCUCCUUCCUUCCCUGUUCUUUAGAAGACAGACCUAGAAGCAGCAGUGACUUUAUGUAAUGUUUUCCACCAAAGGUUUCCUUGAUUUUUGUGUCUUGUUUUUGCCUUGAGACUGUAGCUUUCCCCCCUCCACCCAGUCAUGUUUUUGUUAACGUUUUUGUUUCCAAAUAACAAAAUAAAGAUUUUAAACUGGA